UCGGGACUCCUCUUCUCAUCUCCGCUCCAAUUUUCUUCCUUUUUUUUUUCUUUUUCAAAGAUUAGAAUAAAGUCUAUAAAGACAAAGAGGCGGAAGAAGAGAUGAGCCAAAGGUGAAAGGAGGUUGCUUUGAAGAAAAGGAGAGAAUAAAACAUAUUUAAAAAGGCUCAAAGGAGGAAUUACUUCAACAGCUUUAAGAGAAUUUGGGAAUUUGGAGAAAGAAAAAAAGAGAUUGAGAAAUGGAGGAGAAGCAGAGGAAAGCAGGGGAGAGAUCAAGCUUCGCAAUGACAUGCAAUCUGCUAAGCCAGUAUCUAAAGGAGAACCGGAAUUUGGGAGAACUUGGGAUUGAGAAGCUUCAUUGCUCGCUGCAGGAGAAGGAAAAAAACUUAUUUCGGCCGCCAACCACCAUGAAUCUGUUUCCCGGAUCAGACGUAUCGGCCGGAAACCGAUACGAACCGGAUGUUUCGGAACAAAGUGUUACGAUGCCAAUGGAUGCCUCUCCACAACUCCAAGACAAAGAUGCCAUCCUCAAAGCUCCAAGCAGAGCUGAUCAAAAGGAGGACGAGAUAAGUGGCCAAUUAACAAUAUUUUACGAUGGAAAAGUGAUGGUUUUUGACAAUUUCCCGGCGAAUAAAGCUCAGGACUUGAUGGAGAUGGCGAGCAAAUCCGUCCGUCCAAACUCUGGCCCGGCUCGAUCAUUGCAACCCGACCCAAGUGCUCCUGUUGAUCUGACAAUGCCCAUAGCAAGGAGGGCUUCUCUUCAUAGAUUCCUUGAGAAGAGAAAGGAUCGUAUUAAUUCCCUGGCACCUUAUUCAGUUCAUGGCUCGUCGGAAUUGGAGGAAGCGCCAGCCAAGUCUGAGAAGAGCCUAACAUGGCUCGGAUUUGGAUAUUGAGCAGUAUAAGAACAAAUUUUAGAUUUUUCUAAUUUUCUUAUGAACAAAUUUGGGAAAAAGAAAAAAAAAAAAACAAGAAGGAUGUAAGGAAAGAAGAAACUAUACGCAUUUGUAUUUUGAUAUUUUGAUCUGCAGUGUAGCAUUCAUAACAUUUGAAUAGUUUUUUUUUUCAAUUAUUUUUAAUUUGUUUGGUUAUUUAUGAUUAUUAUCAUUAUUAUACGUUUUUCA